CCCCUGCAAGUGGACCCAAAAAAAUAAGGCAAAAAAAAAGGCCGAGCUGAGCACGCAAGAGUAAGACCCACAACAGCAAAGGAAAGAACGCGAUGGACGACGCCUCCCGCCGCGACGUCGCCGACGUCGUCGACUCCGUGCCCUGCUGGAUGGCCGUGGCAUUAUUAACGCUCGCGGACGUCGUGCUCUUCGCGUGGCAGCUGCUGCCGGGCACGAACGCGGCGGAGGCGCAGUGGCUGCGGGGUUUAGAAUUAGCGAUCAACGCGUUAUUUGUCUGCGAGCUGGGCCUGCGCUUCGUCGCGGCCGGCGGCGACUUCCUCUCGUCCACGAUGAACGUGUUUGACACGGUCGUGAUUGUGUGCGCCUUCGUGCUGUGCCUGGCGGAGUUCACGGCGGCGCCGAUCGUGGCGCUGCGGGGCCUGCGGAUCCUGAGAUACGUGUGCCGCGGCGUCCGCGGGGCGUGCGCGGCGUCGCGCAUCGACGCGGGCUUCGAGAUGCGCGGGCUGGUGCGGCAGAACUCGUUGAGCCGGGGCGCGACGCUCAUGGUUUUUAUGCGGCGUCCUUUUUGCGUCCUUCGUGUCGCCUCGACGGCGUCGAGCUCCACGCCGUCGACGCGCCGAGUCGCCUCGAUCGAUGCGCAGAGAGAGAGAGAGGUCGCCGUCACUCAUCCAACGCAGGGCCGCGUCGCGCACCGCGCGCGCGAGGCCGACCUCGCGCCGCUCCACCUGGAUUUAACCAAAAACGCCGACGCCGUCGCGCGCGCCGUGGCCGCGUCCCUGGAGCCGCGGUCGAAGCGCCGCGCGACGGCCGCGUCGUCCGACGGCGACCGGCUCCUCGCCUGCGUGGCGUCCCUGCCGCGGCGGUCGCGCGAGCUGCUCGAGCGCUCGGCGGCCGAGGCGGCCACGGCGCGCGCCGCCUACCGCGCGGCGCACUCGGCCGCGCUCGCCGCGACGCCGCCGCCGCCGUCGCCCGUGUCCUCGCCCGUCGCCGCGCCCCCGGCGAACAAGAAAGGGCCGCCCCGGGACACGGACGGCCUCCUCGCCGCGGCGCCGCGCGUGAACCCCAUGCAUACUACAUCUGUCGACGUCGAGGCGCCGGCGCCGCCGCCGGCCGUCGUCCUCAAGCUCCGCGAGCCGCCCGCCGCAACGGCGUCGGCGCCGGCCCUGCUGGGCCUCUUCGAGCACGCGCUCGACGAGGCCCGCGCGCGGAACGCGCCGCCGCCGCGGCUCGCGGCGCUGCUGCGCGGCUCGCCGGGCCUCGUCUUCCUCAAGGGCGACCUCUAG